AUGGCCGUCCACUCUAAGAACGAAGCUCUGAUGUGCAAGGUUUUCCUGUCCAGUUUAGGACCUGUAGUGAAGAGGUGGUUCAACGGCUUGAAGACGAACUCUAUAAAUUCCUAUAAGCAACUCAUCCAAGCAUUUGGCUCUCAUUUCAUUACGAACAGCCGGGUUCCUCGACCCCUGAGUUCUUUGUUGUCAUUAUCCAUGCGUGAGGGAGAAACCAUAAAAUCGUACUCGGACAGAUAUUGGGAAAUGUAUAAUGAAAUGGAUGGAAAAUUUGAUGACGUCACCAUUAGCACUUUUAAAAGCAGCCUCCCAACCGAGCACAGCUUGAGGAAAUCCUUGAUUGGCAAGCUUGUCACCAGCAUACGCCAACUUAUGGACCGAAUUGACAAAUACAAAAGAGUGGAGGAGGACCAGUUGCAAGGGAAAGAUAAGGCGAAGGUUGUCCCCAAAGAGAGGAGGGACUUCAGAUCGGAUCGAUUUAACAACAACCACCGACUAAUGAGAGACUUUGUAGGGCAACUUGGACUUGCUAAUGCAUAG